GCGCCGUCUCAUAUAAGCUGGGCAGCCGCUGCCGGCAGCCCCGCGGGAAACUUCGCUGUGCCGGUGACCGUCUUGUUUGGCAGCAGCGCUUCCCGGCUCUCGCCCUCCGUCCCGCCCGCCCAGGGGCCGUGCGACUCGAGGAGAGCCCCGCGGCUUUCCGUCGCGGCUGCUUCUUCCCCUUUCGGCCCCCCUCCCGCCUACAGCGGGGCGCGGAGGCCAUGUUCCCCCCGGACUCCACCUGGAAUAUCUCCUUCGCCGGCUGCGGCUUUCUGGGGGUCUACCACGUUGGGGUAGCCAGCUGCCUGCAGGAACAUGCCCCCUUCCUCGUCGCCAACGCCAGGAAGAUCUACGGCGCAUCAGCCGGGGCGCUCACCGCCACCGCCCUCGUCAGCGGCGCUUGCCUCGGUGAGGCUGGUGCCAGCAUUAUUAGAGUGUCAAAAGAAGCCCGGAAGAGGUUCUUGGGACCUCUCCACCCAUCUUUCAACUUGGUGAAGAUCAUUCGGAUCUGCCUGUCCAAGACCGUGCCAGAGAAUGGGCACGAGGUUGCAGCAGGACGCUUGGGUAUUUCCCUGACACGGGUCUCUGAUGGAGAAAAUGUAAUACUGUCAGACUUCCAUUCCAAGGAGGAGCUGAUCCAGGCCUGUGUCUGCAGUGCCUUUAUCCCUGUCUACUGUGGGCUGAUACCUCCAACCUUGCGUGGAGUGAGAUACGUUGAUGGAGGGAUUUCUGACAACUUGCCACGAUAUGAGCUGAAGAACACCAUCACGGUGUCUCCAUUCUCAGGAGAAAGUGAUAUCUGUCCACGAGACGGUUCCACAAACAUGCAUGAGCUGAGAGUCACCAAUACAAGCAUCCAGUUCAACCUUCGCAACCUUUACCGCCUCUCAAAGGCCCUGUUUCCUCCGGAGGCGCAUGUGCUGCGGGAUAUGUGCAAGCAGGGCUAUCAGGAUGCACUGCACUUCCUGAAGAAGAACGGUCUCCUUAAUCGUCCAAGUCCUGCCCGCCCUCUCCUUGCCAUAGAAGCCCCCCCAGGAGAGAAGAAAGAAGAAGAAAUGGAAGCUGAGGACCAAAUAGAGGACAAUACUGAACUUGCUGAAGUUGAAGAGCAUAUCAUGGAACACUUGCCUCCCAGACUGAACCAAGCUCUUCUGGAGGCUUGUGCUGAAAGAAGAAGUUUCUUUACUGGCAUUGCCAACAUGCUGCCUAUACGUGUGGCCACAGCAAUGAUGGUGCCCUACAUGCUGCCUCUGGAGUCUGCAGUUUCCUUCACUGUCAGGUUGCUGGAAUGGCUCCCAGAUAUUCCUGAGGAUAUUAGAUGGAUGAGGGAGCAGAUGACUGAAAUCUGCAACUAUCUUGUGAAGAAAGCCAAGAAGAAACUUGGCAGCCAUCUUUCAGCCAGGCUUUACUAUCACCUCGAGCUUGGACAGCCUCAGAGCCUGCCAAUUUCUUCUGCAUCAGCUUGUGGUGAAGCAUUGCCUGUGUGGAUGAGAAGCAACCGUUCUCUCUCUGAUGCCAUGAUGAAGUGGGAGGAGUACCAGCGCCAGCUCAUGCUGGGCUUACUCUGCAUCAACAUGGACAUGCAGGCUUCUCUCUUCCCUCGGGAAGGGCUUCAGCUAAAGCUUCCACCCUUAGACUGUGCGAAAGAGUGCCUGCCACUCUUCUGAGCCUGCUGGCCUGAGGGGAUGAGGGUGGGUGGAAGGGGAGCGCAUGUAGGGUGGGACCAGUCUCAUCCCUCAGCAGCAGGCUGCCCUGUGCUCAUCAAUAUGCUGCAAAGGGGAUUUCCCCAGGAUGGAGACUGGUAGAAUUGACUCUAGUCAUUUUUUGCCCACUGGGCCAGGCAAGGGAUCUCUGUGAUCAGAGACACACAUAGGCUGAUACCUUGCUCUAGGUUUGUGUUGAGGCCUGGCUAUUGCUCAUGGCCAGGCUGAUGCUGACCCAGCUGGGCUUUCCCAGAUAGUGCACUUUGAAUUGCCUUUGGCUUUUUACUGCCAAAUAAUCAGGAUGUAGAUGAUGCUCUCAAAUUCUUACAAUUUUUAGCCUCCUUUGUUUUUAGAGAAUGAGUCUUGCUUUUGCUUAAAUCAUUUGACAUCCUUUAGCUCUUUGUGCUACUGAAAGAUGAAGUAGCCUCUUGCUAAACCAUUUUUUCUCGUGGCUUCCAAAUCUUCUUUUGACUCCUUUGCUGAAAUCACAUCUUUUCCUCUGUCCCUGAACUGCAUCCCCACUGGAAGCCAGAGCUGGCCCUGCUGCAGACUGCACUGAGACUGCAGAAGGGUAGAAAAAUCAGGUAUUUACUCAGA